AUGAAUAGCGAUGCGACCGAGGCUGCCCUUGGUCUCUUGGGUCUAUCUCCUCUCAACGCACCCCCUCCUGCCAUCGUCCCUUUGAAACGAAAACAAAGCACAACCUCCCUGACAGUCCCAGACGAAUCUCAUUCUGCAAGCUCAGACGCUAUCAGCUGUAUUUGUGGUUUUUCCUAUGAUGAUGGCUUCUCUAUUGCUUGCGACGACUGCUCAAGAUGGUGUCACGCUGCUUGUUUUGAUAUCGUCGAGGGCGGGGUACCAGAGGAGUGGCGAUGUUGGGUCUGCAUUCCACGGCCUGUCGACAGAGAGAAGGCUGUAAAGCUGCAGAAGGCUAGGCAGAAGCAGGCUCUUGAGAGGAAGCAGCGCAGAGCCAGUGCAGCAGCAAUAGAGGGUAGCAACUCCAAAAGAAAACGCAGGUCCUCCAUCAACGUCCAUCAACCCACAGAAGACGAACAUGUCGACAUCGGCGAACCCUGGGCUUUGAGCUACGUACCUAUCACCAAAGACAUCAUCCCACAUCAAGAAACCCACGCUAAACUACGUAGACAAGCCCAACACUGGAGAGGUGUUACUGCUUUGGAAUCAAAUGCGUCGCUUUCACCUCACGACACAACACCAAUCCGUUUGUCUGAAAGUCCUUUACCACAACCCUCCCAGACCGCGAUACAACCCCUCCCAACUUCGUCCUAUUCUCAUCCAACACUUUCGCCCAACACUAAUCCUUCUGUUAGGCCACCCUCUUAUGCUUUGCAUACUACCAUGCCGAUCUCGUCUGCACAUCUCAUUGCCCCCUUUACAUCGACUAUAAUACCUUCAGCUGCUUACCUCGCUGACCCUUUGAACGCCUACGCUCAUCUUGGCAUGCCCAAACCCUUUGUACAUCUACUUGGCCCUCCGUUAGACGUUACUCUUGACUCCCGGAUAACCGGAGACAAGUCCAGAUUUGUGCGGAGCGGAUGUAGACCAAAUGCUGUGCUUCGGCCGGUACUAUGCCCACAAGCAAAAGACGACAAAGCUCGCACCGAACUUCGCCAGGAAGUCAAGGGUGAUGAACGACCGAUGGACGAAGAAACUUUGACUUUUGGCGUCUUCGCGUUGAGGGAUCUCAAGGCUAAUGAAGAAGUAGUUUUAGGUUGGGAAUGGGAUGACGGUAACGCCGUUCAUAGUUUGCCAGCUCUCAUAGAGAGUCCGCAUAUGUUCCCGUAA